AUGGAAGGGUCAAGUUCAAAUUCAAAUUAUGUAAAUCCCAGGUAUAAAAGCUAUGACAAACAUAGUACUCGUCAUAGUAACUAUAAUAACUAUAAUAACAAUAAUGCUCAACAUAACUUGGAUUAUAACGAUGACUACCUUCUUUUUAUCUGGCUCGCUUCUUUAAAGCGGUUCGAGGAAUAUUUAUAUCUUUUUAUUAUAGUUUGGAAUUCUCUUAGGCUUGAUAAUGAUCGUGUUGGCCGUUCCUUGGAAUUUAAUGACGAAGUCGGCCAAAUGAAAAAUCAUGUCGAAGAUUUAUUCACAAAUAGCGUUAUUAAUAAACAAGAAUUGGAAAAAUAUUCUACUUUAUUAGAUGAUUAUAGAGAUCAUAGUUAUAAUGAUUUAGAAGCCAAGAAAGAAUUUGUACAUAAUGCUUUAAGCAAAUUGGAAAAAUAUGGAAUAAGUAAAUAUAAACAUCAAUUGAAUAGCUUAAAGGCUUUACAAAAAAGACACGUACGUCAAAUGAUUCUAGAUAGAAUGGAAUCAUUUGUUGAUAUUUCAAGUCAAUCUCAUAUUGUAGAUGAAGAAGAAAAUGAUUUAUCAGUAGAUAAUCCAAUUGAACUCAGAAAAGAAAUCGAGAGUUUACGUAAACAAAAUAGUAAAUUGGUUCAAGAAAAUUCACAUUAUCAAGCAACUUUAGGAAAUAUGACAAAUACUCGUUUAAGUGAUCAAGAUCCAAAUAAUGCCACUCAAUUAAUUUCAGAUAUAAAAGAAUUGCAACAUUUACUCGAGGAAUUUACGAUAGUUCAAGGACCUGACUAUAAAAUUAAUGAAAAGAAAUCCAUGGAAUUGUUUUCUAAGAAUAAGUGCCAAGCAAAUUUCUCAAUGCCAAAUGCUAAAUUGAUUUUAGGUGGAAUUCUUCAAAAAUGUGUUAUAUUACAAAUUUUAGAAAACUUUGAAUCAUAUUUCAAGAAUUUCAAGACCAAUAAAUAUCGAAAUAAUACGGAUGAUGUUUUGGAAUUUGAGAUUUUAAAUACAACCGAAAGAUUAACACAAUGUUUUAAUCAUUUUAACGAGAAACGCCCGGGAAAAGAUGAUAUUACGCAAACUAUUCCAACCAAAAUUCGUCAACAAAUUUGCGCAUCUCUUGGAAGCCGUGGGUUUUCAAAUGAGAAUCACCCUUUAAUCGUAGAAACAGCGAAAAAGAUACGUGAUUCAAUGAACAUAUAUCGAGAAAUUACUGAUCCAGAUAUUUUAGAUGAAAUAGAUACUCAAUCAAUUCAAAUUACUCAUAAAGUGAUUAGUAUAUUUAUUUUUCGUUUAAAAACUCAACAAAUUGAACCAAAAUAUCAUUUCUUUAAAAGUGGGGACGAAAUAGAUACUCGACUUAUGCAAGGUUCCUGGCGUGAAGAAGUAAAAAAAUCAGAAGUCGUUGAAGUUUGUUAUUUUCCUUGUAUAUUGAUUCAGGAGGAUAAUAAAUCAAAUCAAAAAAUUCUUGUAAAAGCUCAAGUAUACACGAGACCAAAGAAUACUGCUACUAGUGCUACUGGUGGAAGUAGUAGUGUGUUCGAUAUGUUCAAAAAUAUUAUAAAGUAA